AUGAGGUUCCUCUACCUUGUCUUCGCUGUCUUCCUACUGGUCUCCCUGGCCACUCCAGGCUCUGGGCAGGUAAGGAAGCACUGCCCCAAGGUGGGGUACUGCUCCAGCCAGUGCUCCAAGGUGGACGAGUGGUCCUUCUCCUCCGACUGCAAGUACUACUGCUGCAUCCCGCCCAGCUGGAAGGGCAAAUAG